AUGAACCGUCCAAUUCAAGUGAAGCCGGCCGAUAGUGAAAACAGAGGAGAGGAUCGAAAGCUGUUCGUGGGCAUGCUGAGCAAGCAGCAGACUGAAGACGACGUGCGCCAGCUCUUCCAGUCCUACGGCACGAUAGAAGAGUGUACCAUCUUACGGGGCCCCGACGGCCAGAGCAAAGGUUGUGCAUUUGUCAAGUUUAGUACACACACUGAAGCACAGGCAGCUAUCAAUGCUCUCCACGGCAGCCAGACAAUGCCGGGUGCGUCGUCUAGUCUAGUGGUGAAAUUUGCCGACACCGAGAAAGAGCGGCAGCUUCGGCGGAUGCAGCAGAUGGCGGGCAACAUGGGCCUCCUCAAUCCUUUCAUCUUCAACCAGUUCGGCGCGUAUGGCACCUACGCGCAGGAGCAACUGCCGGCGACCACCGGGGAGCAGGCGCAGUACCUGCCUCACGUCGGAAGAGCGCUGUAUCACACGGCUACGCAAGCCGCGCUGAUGGCGGCCGCCCAGGGAGGCUACAUGAACCCCAUGGCAGCGCUGGCCGCCGCACAGAUCCCCACCAUCGGCGCCAUGCCCAACGGACUGGCCAGCCCCGCGCUCACGCCUACCUCCGGCGCCACGACGCACCCGGUGAACGGAGCACUCCCGUCCCCGACCGUGACCAGUUUCACAGUGGCUCAGGCGAAUGGACAGGCGGGUGAAGUCUACACUAACGGCAUGCCUCACUAUCCAUUGCAUUCCGGGCCUCCCGACGCCGUUCGAGUCAUUCUACAAGAAUUGCCCAGCCAUCUUCAUACAGAAGCCACCUACCCUGCGGCGUAUGGCCAGUUCGCCCAAGCCCUCACACAGCAGCCGGCGGUGGUUCCUCAGACUCAGAGAGAGGGUCCCGAAGGCUGCAACCUGUUCAUCUACCACCUUCCUCAGGAAUUCGGAGACGCUGAGCUGAUGCAGAUGUUCAUGCCCUUCGGCAAUGUGAUCAGCGCCAAAGUCUUCAUCGACCGUGCCACAAACCAGAGCAAGUGCUUUGGCUUCGUCAGUUUCGACAACCCGGCGAGUGCACAGGCGGCCAUCCAGGCAAUGAACGGCUUUCAGAUUGGAAUGAAGCGGCUCAAAGUGCAACUGAAGCGUCCCAAGGACGCCAACAGGCCCUACUGAGCGGCAGCUCUGCUGCACGCUGCCUCGCAGGGAUGUUACAAGACCUUGACGGCAAAGCCUGUUUUCGAGGGAACUUCAGAGUUGUAGUUAGAUGAACAGUGUACUAUAGCCGCCACUGAGCGCGUCUUAGAGGUGAGAGCAGUGUUAGAAGGUUUGUUAGUCCGCCUGAAACAAGAAAUCACGCUUCUGGGCUCAAUGAACGCAGCACCCUUUUCGGCUUAUCAGAAGAGCUUCUAUUAUUAUUAUUAUUACGAAAGACGCGCGAGAUAUGAAAAAAAGUAGUCAGUCUAGCCAAGUAGGUCUCGUAGUCAAACCCAACCAGGCCUUGACACAGCUGAUAUAUAUAUAUAAGCUUUUCGCCAGCGUUUACUUCAAGAGACGCCAGGACGGCAUGUAUAGAGAGGGUGGCCGCAAUUAGUCUCGCCAUGUAUACUCGACGCAGCAGGGCAGGCCCAGGUGGCGCGACGGGCGGUCUCGCUUUGCUGCCUCUGUCGCCCCCUGGUGGGCUUUUCCCGAAGGACGGUGACCCAGUACGGCGACAAGCGACGACCGCCGCCAGUCGGGAAGGGCGCGCACCACACGGGAGCAUCCAUAUCAGUAUCGGCGCUGGAAGUGCCCUCUUGCCGCGGCAUCGUGACUGUCGUGCCCAGUGCGCGCGUGGGCCAUUUUCCUUGUCUGCACGCACUUUCCUUUUCACACAAACAAGCGUACACUCAGAAGCACACGCACAAACACACGCUCAGUCAUGUAAUACACACGGAUACACACAAGUACACAGGCGCAUUCCGCACAGCCCGACAAAUAGGGCUCGCGCAUGCGUAAAACUGACUGUUGACAAGUGCGUCCCAGCAGCGCCAAGUUCUGUAGUUGAUUUAGCGAUGUAGUACUAUAGUAUAGGUAGAAGUCACCUGUACAUACGAAGAUAAGCGUAAACACAGCAGUAUAUAAUAUACUCACGCUGUACUGAUAAUACUAUAUAUGUAUACAUAUUAUAUAUAA